AUGCAAUUCGUCUUCAAACGCUCCACUGUCACAAAGCCUGCACGUGCGCACGCCAACGGCUGCCGCCACGGAGCCGGCCAGGGUAACUUUGCCCACCGCCGCACUCCAGCCGCAACAUGGCACAUGGCAAGGCGUAUCCUUGUCACCUAUUGCCAUGGCUCACAAUCAGAUUUGCUACCUGGCCAGGAGAUUGAGGCAAGCAAGAAGCAGGGAAAGGGGGACAAGACUGCACCAGAGGGCCAGUGGGGCAGCAAAGGGCAGCCUUCAAGGCAUGGCUGUACAAGGCAUGGCCUGUACAACUUCCCUCGUGCCAUCUGCUGA